AUGGUUUUUAUUAGUUCAUUACUUCUGUCUACCUUGUGCACUUUUGUUGUCGCAAGUCCUCUGUCGAAAAGAGAUUCCUGUACUCUAUCAGGAUCCUCUUUGUCCUCACUCUCAACUGUGAAAAAAUGCAGUAGCAUCAUUAUUAAAGAUUUAAGUGUUCCAGCUGGACAGACUUUAGAUCUAACUGGGUUAACUAGUGGUACUACUGUUACCUUCGAAGGUACAACUACUUUCCAGUACAAGGAAUGGGCUGGUCCUUUAAUUUCAAUCUCGGGGUCGAAAAUAAAUGUUGUUGGUGCGUCAGGACAUGUUAUUGAUGGUCAAGGAGCUAAGUGGUGGGAUGGCUUGGGUGACAAAGGCAAAGUUAAGCCAAAGUUUGUAAAACUAGUAUUGACGGGCAAAUCCGAAGUCACUGGGUUAAAUAUUAAAAAUGCCCCACACCAAGUCUUCAGCAUCAAUAAAUGCUCUGAUUUGACUAUCAAUGGUGUAACAAUCGAUAUAAAAGACGGUGAUUCCGCAGGUGGUCACAACACAGAUGGAUUUGAUGUUGGUAGCUCUACCAAUGUUGUGAUUCAGGGAUGUACAGUUUAUAAUCAGGAUGAUUGUAUUGCUGUGAAUUCAGGUACAACUAUCAAAUUCUUGAACAACUAUUGCUAUAAUGGCCACGGUAUUUCUGUAGGUUCUGUUGGUGGCCGUUCUGAUAAUACCGUGAAUGGUUUUUGGGCUGAAAACAAUCACGUUCUGAACUCUGCCAAUGGGUUGAGAAUUAAGACGGUAAAAGGUGCGACUGGAUCAGUUUCUAACGUUAACUUCAUUAGCAAUAAGAUUAGCGGCAUAAAGAGUUACGGUAUAGUUAUUGAAGGUGAUUACCUGAAUGGCAAAACCACUGGCACUGCUACAGGAGGCGUUCCUAUUAAGAAUUUAGUGAUGAAGGAUAUCACUGGGAGUGUGAACUCCGCAGCUAAGAGAGUUAAAAUUUUAGUGAAAAAUGCUUCCAACUGGAAAUGGUCCGGGGUAUCAAUUUCCGGUGGUUCUUCAUAUUCUGGAUGUUCUGGAAUCCCAACUGGUUCUGGUGCAACAUGCUAA